ACGUUCAGUCGGAUACGGACCGCCGCGCGGCACUUGACGUUACGCUACCACUGCUCCCGCACGCUACAAAAAAAAGAUAAAAUGUCCAUCUCCGAAUUCAGGCGGAAGAAACUUCUCUACGUUUUUAAUGUCUUCUUUGAUGUCAAUCAAAGUGGCACGAUAGAAAGGAAAGACUUUGAGCUGGCUAUAGAGAAAAUCUGCAGCCUCCGAGGAUGGAAGCCUGGAGACCCGAAGCACACGGAGACGCACGAAACCAUGAUCAAGAUUUGGGACGGGCUCAGGAAGAGGGCUGAUUCCAACAGGGAUGGACAGGUCUCCGUUGAAGAGUGGGUAUCCAUGUGGAACGACUACGCCCAGAAUCCGGCCUCGGCCCUAAAAUGGCAACAGUUGUACAGCCAGUUCAUGUUCCAACUCGAAGAUGCCAGUGCAGAUGGCUCCAUAGACUGUGACGAGUUCACUACGGUUUGCUCCUCCUACGGCAUUGAUCCUCAGGAGUGCAAGGUGGCGUUCAGUAAGAUGGCUAAGGGCAAGCCCAACGUGUACUGGGAGGAGUUCCAAGAGCUGUGGAAAGAGUACUUCUCCACCGAAGACCCGACUGCCGCCGGGAACUUCAUAUUCGGCAGGACCAGCUUCUAAGCCAGCUUAGCCUGUCUGCGGAACGCCCGUAUGAAACAUUCCACUAUUGAGUGUAAGAUCUCGUGCACAUUGGCGGUUAUUCGUCCAGCUUUAUUUAUACUGCGCAUCUUUAUUAUGCACUUAUCUGCCGAAGGAUGCCAAAUAGGGUGUCUGGAAAGGCAAUCUUGGUCUUUCAUAUUAAGCGGUUCAAACGCCGCCUGCAAACUGUCCAAUCGUCAUCGCCUAGGCGAUUAACCGCUAAUGCGUACGAGCGCUAAUGUGACACUUGAAAAACUGUCAAACUGCUGAGUCACACCAAACCAGCGGUUUAACAGCUGCGCUUCACCUGUUGCAAAGUGUCUCUUGUCUAAUAUAAAUACAGUUAAAUGUGUCUGUGUUCAAAGCAUAGAAUAAUUCCUGAUCUUUCUCUCUUAGUGGAUCAAUGCGUGAUUUCGAAACUAUGAAUAGUAUUGAAUUUUAAAAAUGCUCAAAACUUUAAGCAUUUUAAUAGUCAUUUUCAAAUCCUUAGGAUUUAUCUUAUGACAACGAAAUGAUUCACUUAUCUCAUAUAGCAUAUCUUGUAGUUCAUAUCUAAAACUAAUUCUAACACCUACUGUUAUGCAAUAUGUUACCCGAAUUAUGGAUAUUGAAAAGCUUUUAAUAGUUACUUUCAACUUUAAUCUGCUUCGUAUCUCCAUUAAUCGAUAUAAGAAACUUUUUAAACUAUGUAAAAUCAAAUACUUAUAGUGUUUUAUUCUAUUUGUCAUACGAAUGAAUAAGGAAUGAUUUAAAAUCUAUGAAUAUACAAGAGAAAAUAUUUAUUAAAUGGUUAUUGUAUUUAUAAAUUCAAUUUAUGGUAGUGGUGAGUGUGAGAAUGUUGCAAGUCUACGUUUAACCCAGUGAUUAUAAAAACGCGCGUUUCAAACGCUCGUCUGUUUUCUUCACGCUGUUCUAGUCAUUUGAAAGUUAUAUUUAUAAAUGAAAUUCUAUUUAUAUUGUGUUAUUGAAUGUGCAAUUUUAUCAUAGAUAUGAGUUUGUAAUACUCUAAAUACCCCGAUAUGUCCUGAGUCGCCAAGCAUAGAGAUUCGAAUAAAUGUAUGUAUUUAAUAA